AUUAUUGCCGUGGUCAUGGAUGUAUUUACAGACCGGGACAUCUUCCGCGAUAUUGUUGAUGCAGCAUAUAAGCGCUGGAUCCCUGUCUAUAUAAUCCUAGAUGAGGAAGGUGUGAAGCUCUUCCUGGAAAUGUGCAGAUGCCUUGACCUCAGUGACUUGCAGAUCCGGAAUAUCCGCAUACGUUCUGUGACAGGAGUUGGGUUCUACAUGCCAGCAGGGAAGAUCAGAGGCACGUUGGCAUCCCGAUUCCUGAUGGUGGAUGGUGAAAAGGUGGCCACUGGAUCAUACAGCUUCACAUGGAGUUCAUCCCACAUUGACAGAAAUAUCCUGCUAGUCUUGACAGGACAGCACGUGGAGAUGUUUGACGUUGAGUUUCGUGAGCUCUAUGCCAUCUCAGAGGAAGUUAAUUUCUACAAAGAACUGGGUAUUGCUAACCCAUUCCUUUUCGGAACUGGGAAGCCAGGCCUCCAUUCCUCCACUGUGGCUCGGAAGUUCAUCAACCCCAAGUAUGGUUUAGUGGCAGGGGCAACCCGUGGUGAUAUGAUGCUCUGGGCUUCACGACACAGGCAGGAUAGUCAGGGGAACAUGGAAAAGGAGGGAACAAGUGAAUCAAAGAAACGGUUAAAUCAGUUUCUGAAUGACUUAGUCACAUUGGAGCAAGAGUUCCCAGAAAUUGAUCCACCUCUGGAGAACUUGAACAAGCUGAAUCGGAGCCCCCAGAAACUGUUCUCCCGGCUCCAAAUGGACCUGAAAAAUAAAUCCAAAUCCAGAGAGUCUAUUCGUGAUGUGAAGAAAGAAGAUGCACAGGCCAAUUCGAAGCAAGGAAAACGGUUUGCCAGUGGGCUUUUCAGUCGCAAGGCCAAACGGUCUCCAGGCUCAAGCAUUGAGGCUAAUUCUUUUGCCAGUGAAGGGCAUUCAGGAGAAGACCUUGGGAACAUGAAACUGGAAUAUGAGCGGCUCAGCAUUGGCCAUGGCAGUGUUCGGAGCACUGGAGGCAUCUCAGGUAACCCAAGUCCAAACUCCACUACCAGCGAUAAAAACAAGCAACCUACCUGUGUGUUAUCUUGA